AGGGUUUGUCGAUUGGAGCGACAGCUCGUUAGCAUGGAGCUGUGGAGGAGCUCAGCUGUUGCACACAGCUCGCAACGCAAUUCAGGGCGCCAGAGCUGCUUCAGGGCCUCUUCAAGUUCAGGCAGACGACGAUUUCGCAGCAGUCUCCUACGAGCCUGAGAAUCCUGCAAGGAAGGUUGGAGCAAUCUUGGCAGCGAGCAGGAUGCUUCGCUCAGCUUGUAGUUUACUGCGCGGAGUUGUGUUGCGAGCGCAGCUCAAUGAAGAGAAGGUGGGAUGGGGUUGGGCUGUAGGGGGCAAUUGUGGCGAUCUGACCGAGUUUGGCAGGGAGUUGGACCAACCUGCUAUCGGAAAAAGGGCAGAAAGUAGGCAUCUGCAUGGGGUUGCAUGGGUUUCUGGAAGCAUGGGGGCUGGAGCACGCGGAGUUGAUAGGAGGAGGAACUUUGGUAGCUCAACGGAAGCGGGUGGAGAUGCAGAUGGGGUGAAAGAAGGUGGCAGCACAACUCUGAAGAACGUCGGCUUCAUCGGCCUUGGCAAUAUGGGCGCCCGUAUGGCGAGCAACCUGCUGAGCGCUGGAUUCCGCUUGGUGGUUCACGACCGGAACGUUGCUGCUGUGGACGAGAUGAAAGCGAAGGGCGCGCUGGAGGGACGGGAUCCGGAGGAAGUCGCUUCGCAGUCAGAUGUCGUUAUCACCAUGCUGCCGUCAUCUCCAAACGUAGAAGACGUAUACUUGGGGCCCAGCGGAAUCCUCCGGUCAACGCACGGCUACUCGAACGUACGGCCAGUUCUGUUGAUCGACGCGUCGACGAUAGACCCAAUGACGACCAAAAAAGUGGCGGCGGCGGUCCAACGAAGCAAACUCGCCGAUGAAUCAAAGUACUUAGAUAGCCGGUGGCACCACCCGCUGUUGCUAGAUACGCCUGUCUCGGGGGGCAUUGUUGGGGCGGAAAAGGCGACCCUCACCUUUAUGGUGGGCGGGGAGACGGUCGCCCUCGACGCCGCCCGGCCCUUCCUGUCAGCAAUGGGGAAGAGCAUCGUUCACUGCGGGAGCACGGGUAGCGGACAGGUUGCGAAGCUUUGCAACAACCUUGCGCUCGCCAUCGAGAUGGCGGCUGUUGCGGAGGCCCUUGCGCUGGGCCAGAAACUAGGCGUCGACUUGCGCGUGUUGAGCGGGAUCUUCAACACGUCGUCAGCGCGGUGUUGGAGCAGUGAUACGUACAACCCGGUUCCGGGGGUCCUGGAAAACAUCCCCGCUUCUAGAGGGUAUGGGGGCGGCUUUGCGACGCGAUUGAUGGUGAAAGACAUUAGCCUUGCGUUGGCGGCUGGAAAAGAGGCGGGGGCAGUAAUACCCUUAGGUGCAAAGGUCCUCGAACUGUACACUAGAAUGAUUGACGGGGGCGCUUCAUCCAAGGACUUUUCCGCUAUAUACGAGCACAUAUACGGCGGUGCCGGCGUUUCGCCGGCUCCCAAAACGUCACCAGACAGCUCACAAGCAGGGCAUCCAGCUCCUAUAGCAAGUGACCGAUAACGUAGGCUACUCUCGAGGCAGACCAGUUGCAGCGGCACCUUAGACAAAUUAAGAUGUUAACCUUGAACUAUAUCCUGCUCCAAGAUCGUUUGGGCGAUCUCCUCUUCGAUCCGUCAGUCAAAGGUUGUCUACUUUUCUAUGAGCAUUUGGCCGCUGAAGAUGCACGAGCAAC